AUGUCUCAAGCUCCGCGGCAUCUCGGCGCAGGCAUUUCGUCUCGCGAGCCGAUGGCUUUGGUGGUCGGGAUUGCCGAGGCUGAUAAACGAUCAGAUGCGCCACGGGUGGGCAAUAAGUUGAUUGAAAGCCCUGACUCGCACGAGACGCGCUACGUGUAUUACCGCGUAUACGGCGAAGAGAGUGAAGUGAACACGAAAGCGGCCUUCAACGAAAGUGAUACUACCUUGGGUCGCAUAGACACGUUAUCUAUUGCGCCGCCGUGUACCGUGGGCUCUUUAAAGUCUCGUGUCAUGAAGGUCGAAGGCAUCGCAGAUCAAGAGAUUCGGUUGUUCAAGGACACCGAUAGUGAAGUUCAGAUGAAAGACACUGGCCGAGCACUCUCCUUUGCAGAAACAUUCCCAGGUUGCGUUGAAGACGACCCAUUGGCGGUCGUCUAUUGUUCAAAAACAACGAGUUCGUCGUCAACCAUGACAAAGGCGAUUCGAGGAAAAUACAAUUUCAGGCCUGACGGCCGAAAAAUUUCCGCUGCACUGUGGCAUGCCUACAGUGUAGGCGAGAUUCUUUUCACUGACGGAGUCAAGACAACCCUCAAUGGCUGGGCCGCUUACAGGGCCGUAAACUCGGCUGGAAGGGAGGCCUUCGUGCACGCAGGUAGCACAUAUUUUAGUCACGUUGAGCCUUAAUAUAUCCCGUUCAUUCUCUUUGUGGGGGAGUAUAUACAAGAAAAGUAAUAUUGGGAUGGUAG